AUGGCGUCGGCGUCCAGUGAUAGUGAGGGAGAGGAUCUGGUGAGCUAUGGGAUCGCGCUGCAGCCCCUGCAGGAAGGUGACCGCAUUAAAAAGCCAGUUCCUCUUCAAGAACAGACUGUUAGGGAUGCAAAGGGACGAUACCAGCGUUUCCAUGGAGCAUUUACUGGUGGCUUCUCUGCUGGUUACUUUAAUACCGUUGGCACAAAGGAAGGAUGGGCUCCUUCAGCUUUUGUGUCAUCACGGCAGAAGAGAGCAGACAGAACCAUUCUUGGACCAGAAGACUUCAUGGAUGAAGAGGAUCUUAGUGAGUUUGGGAUAGCACCAAAAGAUAUUACAACCACAGAUGAUUUUGCAUCCAAAGCUAAAGACAGAAUAAAGGAGAAAGCAAGGCAGGUUGCAGGAGCAGUCGCCAGCAUCCCAGGAACGACAGCAUUUGAUGAAUUAAUAGGACCAUCAAAAAUAACAGUUGGUGUUGAACUGUUACGAAAGAUGGGCUGGAAGGAGGGACAGGGAAUUGGACCUCGCAUCAAAAGAAAGCCACGCAGGCAGAAACCUGAUCCUGCAGUGAAAGUGUACGGCUGUGCCUUGCCACCUGGACUCUCUGAGGGUUCCGAGGAUGAAGAAGAUGAGUACCAGCCAGAGAAUGUGACAUUUGCACCUAAAGAUGUAAUGCCUGUAGAUCUGACUCCAAAAGAGAACGUCCAUGGGCUUGGCUAUAAGGGUUUGGACCCCUCACAAGCUUUGUUUGGUGCAUCUGGAAGAGAGCACCUCAAUCUCUUUGCUGGUAGUUCUGAAAACACGAGCAAUUUGCUCAGUGACCUGAGACACAGUAAAGGAAGGAAGCUGGGCAUAACGGGUCAGGCUUUUGGUGUUGGAGCUUUAGAAGAGGAAGAUGAUGAUAUUUAUGCAACUGAAACACUGUCAAGGUAUGACACAGUUCUAAAAGAUGAAGAACCUGGAGAUGGCUUGUAUGGCUGGACAGCACCUAAGCAGUAUAAGUCCAAAAAAAGGUCUGAAAGAGAAGUUAAAUACAUAGGCAAGAUCUUGGAUGGUUUUUCCUUGGCAUCAAAAUCAUCGACUCCAAGCAAGACUUACCCACCACCUGACCUGCCACGGAGUUAUAGACCAGUCCAUUACUUUCGCCCUGUGAUAGCAGCUGGGAGUCAAAGCUACCACUUACAGAAGGCACUAGAGGAGUCAACUGGAAAGCUGGAGAGUGAUGUGACACAACAAAGCAGGCAUACUUUGAAUGCCUCACAGAGGAGGGAACGACUGGGAGAGACUGGUCUCAAAGGUCCAGCUCCUUCUGUUUUGGAAUAUCUGUCUGACAAAGACAGAGAAAGACUCAAAGAAGUGAGGCAAGCAUCUGAACAACAAAUGAAAGCAAAAGCGUUGCCUCAGCAGGCCCAAACCAGCAGGUUCCAGCCAGCAUCCCUAGAGGAUGCUGCUCACAAGUGGCAAAUGUUGUUGGGAGAACAGCUAGCAAAUGCUGGCUCUAGUGACUUCAAACCAUUUGCCAGAAAUCCAGAAAAACAAAGAAGAUAUGAAAGCUUUGUGAAAAGUAUUAAACAAGGAGAAAAAGAGAAAUUGGACCACUAUUUAGACCCAAGUAUGACAGAAUGGGAGCGAGGAAGAGAACAAGAGGAGUUCUUCCGUGCAGCAAUGCUCUACAAAUCCUCAAACUCAACACUGUCAUCCAGAUUUACUCGAGCCAAAUAUGAAGAUGAUAUUGACAAAGUUGAAGUUCCUCGGGAUAAAGAGAAUGAUAUUGAUGAUAAGGAAACUGCUGUGAAGAUGAAGAUGUUUGGCAAACUCACAAGAGACGCUUUUGAAUGGCACCCUGAAAAGCUGUUGUGCAGAAGAUUUAAUGUUCCUGAUCCAUAUCCCAAUUCUUCCAUUGCUGGGUUACCAAAAGUGAAACGGGACAAGUAUUCUGUGUUUAAUUUCUUAACUGUGCCUGAGCCCACCACACCUGUAACUCCAGCAACAAAUGAAAACAUCCAACAGAGCAACAGUCUCAACAAACCAAAGAAACCUUCAAGAUGGGAUAUGUCAGAUAAAGAGAAGGAAAAAAAAGACUCUAUCAGCAAAUUCAUUAGUCUUGCUAGAUCAAAAGCUGUUGCUCAGCAGCAGCCAGUGCCAGCAACAGAAGAAGGUGGAACUGGGCCGAAUGAAACUCUUCCUGCUGAGGUGAGUUUACAGUGCCAGGAAGAAGAAAGCAGACCAUCCAUGGACUUAUUUAAGGCUAUCUUUGUGAGUUCCUCAGAUGAAAAAUCAUCUUCCUCUGAAGAGGAGAGUGAUGAUGAACCGCAACCAACUACUUCAGUAACAGAUUCAGAGCCCACCAAGCAAGCUGCUCCACCAGACAGUUCUUUAUCCAAUGCACAAGAGAAUCUGGCUGCUACAACUGAUACUGGCAUUUCUUUGUUGCCUACUUCAGAGCAGGAACUGGAUGCAGCAGAGGAAUUUGGACCAAAGUUGCCUCCAGCUUUUUCUUCUGGCCCUUGGCAACAGGAACUGGUGGAACCAGCAAGUUUUCCUGGUCCUAGUAAGAAAGAAAAACAUAGGAAGAACAGAGAGAAACACAGGACUAAGAGAGAACACAAACACAAAAAGGAAAAGAAAAAGAAACAUAAGAAACAGAAAAACAAGGGAAAACACAAGAACAAAAAAUCAGAAAAAGACAGUAGCUCAGGCUCUACAGAUAGCAGUGACAGGUCCAGUGACAUAGGUACCACAGGCCUGUCACCCAAAGAGCUUCUAAGAAGGUUAAAACAGCUUCAGUAUUGAAAAGGCAGCUUGCUUUCUUCAGUGCUGUUGGCCUGGUCUCAGGCUUCUGAUCUCCUCUGUGAUGGUAGAUCAAUCAUGUAUAUGUUGAAGCACUGUAGAUACUGUAUUCAUAUUGAAUUUGUUUUAAAGUAAAUGUGCAUAUGUUCAUUUUGUGAUGCUUCACAUGUUCAAAAUGUGUGGAUGAUGGAAUGUUGAAAAGCCCCCUUUCUGGGCAGCUUAAGCUGAAGUUCUGCAGGCUCUGUUUUAAUUAACUUGAAACAAGAUAUUUUAAUAAAUGUAAGUAUUGCAAAUAAUUUUUGUAGGACAUGUCAUUGCCCAGGACCCCUAAACUGCUUUCAGUUUGAAUUAAAUUAGGAAAUU